AGAAAAAAAAAGGAGUUCUUUUUUUUUUUGUCAAAUACUAAUACUACUAAUAAAACAUUAAAGGGCCCCUUGUGUUUUUUUUAUUCCGUUUCGAUUUUCGUGCAGCCUUUGCUCACUUCGAGUAAGAUUCUCCUAAAAAAAUGUUUGGUUUUUUUUGUGUUACCUUUGUUAUGAUUCAAGGAAGAGAGUCUAUGUUAAACUUAUCUAUAGCUUUAAGUCCUCUAGAUUUGUAAAUCUUUUGAUUUAAGUGAAUUUGAUUUUGAAUGUCUUUUUAGUAAAUGAAACCAUUCUCUUAGAUUGUGUUCUUUGAGUUUACAAUAUUGCUCAUGUUGGCUCCUUCUUACACGUCUCUCUGCCUCCUCAAAAGCCUUUACCUCUUUGUCUCUACAUGCCACUGUAGAAGACAGAUACCGCAAGUUUCACAGCUCUUUCUGGGGUUCAUCAGGGCAGGAGCUGAUGAACAACCCUGUGCCCUGUCAUGUGGACAACUCUGGUGGUGGAUAUUUGUUUUCAUCUUCCUCUGGAUAUUGCAAUGUUUCAGCCGUCUCAGCUCAUGGAAGGACUUCCCAAACCCACCCACCUGUCUCCACCAUGCCAAGUGACAGAUUGGCUAUGCAGUCUUCAUUGAUUAAUAAUCAUCAGCCUCAGGAGUUUUCAGAUCCACUUGACGAGUUCUUUGAUUUCUCUGACCAUGUUUCUGCUCCUAAUCCACAAGAAGAUGGUAGUGGAGUAAAGUUGGUUUCAUCCUUGGAGCUUCGAGAGAAAAGCGAAUGGCAAACUUGGGCAGAUCAGUUGAUGUCUGUUGACAAUGGUUCAGAACCGAACUGGUCUGAACUUCUUGGAGAACCAAGUCCACACAAUCCAAACUCACAGGUUCCUCAGCGUUCACAUGAUUUGCAACAGAUACUGACACCACCAAGGCAAGAGGUAAUAGCUAACCAGCAGCAUCAGGCGGUUUCCUCGGAAGAGCAGCUCAGCGGUAGAAACUCAUCAGCUAGUGGAGCAACAUCUAAACAGCGCAUGCGUUGGACACCAGAGCUUCAUGAGGCGUUUGUUGAAGCUGUUAAUCAGCUUGGUGGUAGUGAACGAGCCACGCCUAAGGCUGUUUUGAAGCUCUUGAAGAACCCUGGCUUGACCAUUUAUCAUGUUAAAAGCCAUCUGCAGAAAUACAGAACAGCUAGGUAUAAACCUGAGACUUCAGAAGCUACAGGAGAGCCUCAAGAGAAGAAGAUCACAUCCAUUGAAGAUAUCAAAUCCCUUGACAUGAAGACGAGCGUUGAGAUCACACAAGCUCUAAGGUUACAGAUGGAAGUUCAGAAACGUCUCCAUGAGCAGCUCGAGAUCCAACGGUCCCUGCAGUUACAGAUCGAAAAACAAGGCCGAUACCUUCAGAUGAUGUUUGAGAAACAACAAAAGUUGCAAGAGAACAAUGGCUCUUCCUCAGAGCUAUCACCAAAGCAAUGUAAUGGCACAUCUGCUGAAGUCGAGUUUGGUCUCGAGGCACAAGCAGUGAACCAAACUGAACCUGCUUCAUCAUCAAGGAAACGGACCAGAGAAGAUUAGUAGAUUAAAAAUAUGCUUAAAGUUGAUUUGUGGAAAACCAAGAGAUGCAAUAACUCCAAUUUUGUUAUAAGAACAAUUGUUUCUUCUUAGCUCUGUGUUUUGUUCUGUUUAGGAACACAAGUGAAGUGGUUAAGAUGAUUACAGAUGGCUCUCUUGUACAUAAAAAAUGUUGUAUUUGAAAUCUAGCACUAUGGAUUAAUCUGAUCUGAUCUGAGAAGAUGCUAUACAUAAUUAUGGUUCACUUA